AUGGCCCUGGAAUACCUCUUAGACCUCACGUUGAGUGACCCUUCUUCAUGUUUGAGUUUAAAUAGUGAGUAUAAGAUUGAUUCUGCCCUCAUUGAACAUCCACACAAACCUAGCUUCCGGGAAGAUUCAUUAGGCUCAGAAUCAGAGCUGUGGUUUGGAAGGGAACUUUCAGUCUGCAAUAUUGUUGAUCUAAAUUCUCUUUCUUGUCACCUUUUCGUUACAGGAUUUAUUUAUACUUGUGGAGGGACAUUACAAGGAUUAAAUGGCACAAUAGAAAGUCCUGGCUUCCCAUAUGGCUAUCCAAAUGGUGCAAACUGUACAUGGAUCAUUGUAGCAGAAGAACGCAACAGAAUACAGAUUGUAUUCCAAUCCUUUGCUCUAGAGGAAGAGUAUGAUUAUCUAGCAUUGUAUGAUGGGCAGCCUCAUCCUGCAAACUUUAGGACAAGGUUAACUGGCUUCCAGAUGCCUGCACCUGUAACAAGUACUGGGUCUGUGUUUGCAUUGCGUCUUACAAGUGACUUUGCUGUCAGUGCUCAUGGAUUUAAAUUGUUCUACCAAGAGCUGCAAAGCAGUACUUGUGGAAACCCUGGUGUACCACAUGGAGGCAUUGUUCAUGGCACAAGCUUUGAUGUUGGAGACAAGAUCACAUACUCCUGUGUGAAUGGUUAUAUCCUCGAUGGACAUCCUCAACUCACCUGUUUGGCCAGCUCAGGGAAUACUGCAUCAUGGGAUUUUCCUGUUCCUAUUUGCAAGGCUGAAGAUGGCUGUGGUGGAACCCUGCAAGGAUCCAGUGGCAUUAUUUCCAGCCCAAACUUUCCUGGCGAGUAUUAUAAUAAUGCAGACUGCACCUGGACUAUUGCUGCAGAGCUUGGGGAUACCAUUUCAAUCAUAUUUACAGAUUUUCAGCUUGAAGAAAAAUAUGAUUACUUAGAAAUUGAAGGGUCAGAGCCACCAUCGAUAUGGUUUUCGGGGAUGAAUCUGCCUCCACCUAUUAUCAGCAGCAAGAACUGGCUUAGGCUGCACUUUAUAUCAGACAACAACCACAGACACAGAGGAUUCAGUGCUCAGUACCAAGUGAAAAAGUCCAUAGAUUUUAAAUCUAGAGGAGUUAAAUUGUUCCCAGGGAAAGACAACAGCAACAAGUUUUCUAUCUUUAAUGAGGGAGGAAUAAAGCAACCAUCCAACUCAUGUCCAGAUCCUGGAGAGCCAGAGCAUGGAGAAAGAAUUGGUUCUGAUUUUAGUCUUGGAGCAGCUGUACAAUUUACAUGUGAUGAAGACUUUGUUCUGCAAGGAUCCAAAAGUAUCACAUGCCAGACAAUUGCUGAAGUGUUUGCAGCAUGGAGUGACCACAGGCCAGUGUGCAAAGUUAAAACUUGUGGAGUUAAUCUGCACGGUCCGGCUGGUACCUUUGUGUCCCCCAACUUUCCUUUUCAAUAUGACAGUAAUGCUCAAUGUGUCUGGAUAAUAACAGCAUUAAGCCCCAAUAAGGUAAUCCAGAUUGAUUUUGAAGAAUUUGACUUGGAGAUAGGCUACGACACUCUCACAAUUGGCGACGGAGGAGAAGUUGGUGACCCUACCACUGUGCUGCAUGUGUUGACAGGUAGCUUUGUCCCAGACCUGAUUGUAAGCAAGAGCAAUCAGAUGUGGUUACAUCUGCAAACAGAUGAAAGCAUUGGAUCAAUUGGCUUUAAGAUAAACUACAAAGAAAUUGAUGAAGAGAGUUGUGGUGAUCCUGGAACUCCAUUAUAUGGCAUACGUGAUACAGAUGGAUUUUCCAAUGGGAACAUAUUGAGAUUUCAAUGCCAAUCUGGAUUUGAACUGAUUGGAGAAAAAUCCCUUCUCUGUCAAGACAACAAUCAGUGGUCAGCAAAUGUACCAAUUUGCAUAUUUCCUUGUUUAUCUAACUUCACUGCACCAGUUGGAACAGUACUGUCACCUGACUACCCUGAGGGCUAUAGCAAUAACAUGAACUGUGUCUGGCUAAUUGUUGCAGUCCGGGGGAGUCGGAUUCACCUUUCCUUCAAUGAUUUUGACCUGGAAUCUCAGUUUGACUUCCUUGCGGUUAAAGAUGGGGAAUCAGUUGAUUCACCUCUGCUGGGAACAUUCAGUGGGUCAGAAGUUCCUUCGCAUCUCACCAGCAAUAGUCACAUUCUACGUCUGGAAUUUCAGGCUGAUCACUCCAUGUCUGGUCGAGGAUUUAACAUCACAUACAGUACAUUUGGACACAAUGAGUGCCCUGAUCCUGGCAUUCCCAUUAAUGGUCGACGGUUCGGUGACAAUUUUCAGUUAGGAAGCUCAGUAUCUGUUCUCUGUGAAGAAGGUUUCAUCAAAACCCAAGGGACAGAAACCAUAACGUGCGUUUUAAAAGAUGGAAAGGUCAUGUGGAGUGGCCCCAUUCCGAAAUGUGAAGCUCCUUGUGGUGGCCAUUUUUCUUCUCCUAAUGGAGUAAUCCUGUCACCAGGCUGGCCUGGAUAUUAUAAAGACUCCCAGAAUUGUGAGUGGGUGAUUGAAGCUGAACCAGGACAUUCCAUCAAAAUAACAUUUGAAAGGUUUCAGACUGAAGUCAAUUAUGACGUUCUGGAAAUUCAUGAUGGACCAAAUCUUCUGUCCCCAAUUCUUGGUUCUUUCAAUGGCACACAAGUUCCUCAAUUUCUUUUUAGCAGCACCAACUACCUUUACCUUCUCUUUACAACUGAUAAUAGUCGCUCCAAUAUUGGUUUCAAGAUUCAUUAUGAGAGCGUUACAGUAGAUACGUAUUCCUGCAUGGAUCCUGGGAUCCCAGUGAAUGGCUAUCGUUAUGGGCAAGACUUCUCAAUAGGUUCCACAGUAGCAUUCAGCUGUGAAUCUGGUUACACUAUGAGCCAUGAGGAGCCUCUGAUGUGUGAGAAGAAUCACUGGUGGAAUCAUCCAUUGCCUACUUGUGACGCUCUAUGUGGUGGAGAUAUUCGCGGACCCACUGGCACUAUUUUAUCACCUGGUUACCCUGACUUCUAUCCAAAUUCAUUAAAUUGUACUUGGACUGUGGAGGUUUCUCAUGGUAAAGGUGUACAGUUCACCUUUCACACAUUUCACCUGGAGGAUCAUCAUGACUACUUUCUAAUCACAGAGAAUGGCAGCUUUACUCAGCCUCUAGCACGGCUGACUGGCUCAGAACUUCUUGCACCAAUUAAUGCUGGCCUGUAUGGAAAUUUCAAGGCUCAGCUACGCUUCAUUUCAGACUUUUCAAUAUCAUAUGAAGGAUUUAAUAUUACAUUUUCAGAAUACAACUUGGAGCCCUGUGAAGACCCAGGAAAUCCAACAUUUGGCAAACGUAUAGGGACAUCUUUUGGGAUUGGCGAUUCUCUAACUUUUUCCUGUACUCCUGGUUACCGUCUGGAAGGUGCAUCCCAGAUCACAUGUCUUGGAGGUGGCCGUCGUGUGUGGAGUGCACCUCUGCCAAGGUGUGUGGCUGAAUGUGGGACAUCUAUAACAAGCAACGAGGGAAUUCUGCUGUCCCCCAACUAUCCUUUGAACUAUGAAAACAACCAUGAAUGUGUGUACAGUAUACAGGUGCAAGCAGGCAAAGGGAUUAAUAUUUCAGCCAGAACAUUCCAUUUAGCAGAAGGAGACACUCUUAAGAUAUAUGAUGGAAAAGACAGUUCUGCCCAUCUUCUGGGGGCUUUCUCUGGUACUGGAAUGGUGGGAAUAACUUUGAGCAGUACCUCCAAUCACUUGUGGUUGGAGUUUAAUACAGACUCUGAAGCAACUGAUGAAGGUUUUCAGCUUGUUUACACUGGUUUUGAGCUGUCUCACUGUGAAGAUCCCGGUGUGCCUCAGUUUGGAUACAAAAUCAGUGACCAGGGCCAUUUUGCUGGCAGCACAAUUUCUUAUGGCUGCAAUCCAGGUUACACUCUGCAUGGAAGCAGCAUGCUGAAAUGUAUGACUGGGGAAAGAAGAGCCUGGGAUUACCCUCUUCCAUCAUGCAUUGCUGAAUGUGGAGGUCAGUUCAAAGGUGAAUCAUCUGGAAGGAUCCUGUCCCCUGGUUACCCUUUCCCAUAUGACAAUAAUCUCCGCUGUAUCUGGACAAUCGAAAUGGAUCCAGGAAAUAUUAUCAGCCUUCAGUUUCUUGCUUUUGAUACUGAGGCAUCUCACGAUAUUUUACGAAUGUGGGACGGCCCUCCUGAGAACGAGAUGCUUCUGAAAGAAGUCAGUGGAUCUCUUAUUCCUGACAACAUCCACAGCACCCUCAACCUUAUCACAAUCCAGUUUGAUACUGACUUCUUCAUCAGUAAAUCAGGAUUUGCUGUCCAGUUUUCAAGCUCUGUGGCAACAGCUUGCCGUGACCCUGGUGUACCUAUGAAUGGAAGUCGGAAUGGAGAUGGCAGAGAUCCUGGAGAUACUGUCAUCUUCCAGUGUGAACCUGGCUAUGAGCUUCAGGGAGAAGAGAAAAUUACCUGCAUUCAGGUGGAAAACAGGUACUUCUGGCAGCCCAGCCCUCCUGUUUGCAUCGCACCAUGUGGAGGCAACCUGACAAGUUCUUCAGGAUUUAUUCUUUCGCCAAGCUACCCACAUCCUUAUCCACAUGGCAAAGAGUGUGACUGGACUAUCACAGUUAAUAAUGACUACAUCAUAUCUUUGACAUUCAUAAGUUUCACUAUGGAGCCCAACUAUGACUUCCUUUACCUUUACGAUGGUCCAGACAGUAACAGCCCUCUGAUUGGAAGCUUUCUUGAUAAUAAGCUGCCUGAGCGGAUUGAGAGCAGCUCAAACAACAUGCACUUGGCUUUUCGAAGUGAUGGCUCUGUUAGCUUUUCAGGAUUCCACAUUGAAUACAAAGCAAAACUUCGGGAAUCGUGUUUUGAUCCUGGGAAUGUUAUGAAUGGCACCAGACUGGGAAGUGACUUUAAGCUGGGAUCAACCGUUACAUAUUAUUGCAAUGCAGGAUAUGUGUUGCAAGGUUAUUCAACCCUUACUUGCAUCAUGGGAGAUGAUGGAAGACCUGGAUGGAAUAGAGCUUUGCCCAGCUGUCAUGCUCCAUGCGGAAGUCGAUCCACAGGUUCCGAUGGAACUGUGCUGUCACCAAACUACCCCAGAAAUUAUAGUACAGGACACAAUUGUGUUUAUUCUAUCACUGUCUCCAGAGAGUUUGUGGUGUUUGGCCAGUUUGUGUUUUUCCAGACUGCCCUGCAUGAUGUCGUUGAUAUAUACGAUGGACCUACCCAGCAAGCUUCACUGUUGACUUCACUGUCAGGGUCACAUUCAGGAGAAUCCCUCCCUUUAAGUUCAGGUAACCAGAUCACAAUCAAGUUUAUCACAGUUGGUCCAAUAACAGCCAAAGGAUUUCAUUUUGUUUAUCAAGCUGUGCCAAGGACCAGUGCAACCCAGUGCAGCUCUGUACCUGAGCCAAGGUUUGGGAAAAGAGUUGGGAAUGAUUUUGCAGUUGGCUCUGUGGUUCUCUUUGAAUGCAAUCCUGGCUACGUUCUUUCUGGUUCACCAGGGAUUAGAUGUGCAUCAGUACCAAAUGCCUUAGCUCAAUGGAACGACUCUCUGCCCACAUGCAUUGUGCCCUGUGGUGGAAUUUUAACAAAGCGCAGAGGGAGCAUUCUGUCUCCAAGUUAUCCUGAACCAUAUGACAACAAUUUGAACUGUAUCUGGAAAAUCGUGGUGCCAGAAGGUGCUGGUAUACAAGUUCAAGUAAUAAGCUUUGCAACUGAGCAUAACUGGGAUUCAUUGGAUUUCUUUGAUGGAGGUGAUAUGAAUGCUCCAAGACUUGGGAGCUUUUCAGGCACUACAAUUCCAGCAUUCCUAAACAGCACAUCUAAUAAUCUGUACCUCAACUUUCAAUCAGACAUCAGUAUUUCGGCUGCUGGCUUUCACCUAGAAUACACAGCCAUAGGAUUGGAUUCCUGCACAGAACCACUUACUCCCAGCAAUGGAAUCAAAAAUGGAGACAGGUACUUGGUUGGAGAUGUACUAUCAUUUCAAUGUGAUCGAGGAUACUCUCUUCAGGGACAUUCCUAUAUAACAUGUAUGCCAGGACCAGUACGGAGAUGGAAUUAUCCUAUUCCCAUGUGUAUAGCCCAGUGUGGUGGUUCUCUGACUGACUUCAGUGGAGUCAUUCUUAGCCCUGGGUUUCCUGGAAACUACCCAAGUAGCUUGGACUGCACUUGGACCAUAACACUGCCUAUUGGCUUUGGCGUGCAUUUGCAGUUUGUCAAUUUUUCCACGGAAACAAUCCAUGACUACAUAGAAGUGCGGAGUGGGUCUGCAGCAACUGGGACAGUAAUUGGUAGAUUUAGUGGUCCUCAGGUGCCAGCACCACUUUUCAGUACAACUCACGAAACAACCCUGUACUUUCACAGUGAUUAUUCCCAAAAUAAGCAAGGCUUCCGCAGCAUAUAUCAAGCUUACCAACUGCAAAGUUGUCCUGAUCCUCGCCCAUUUCGAAAUGGUUUUGUUAUUGGAUACGAUUUAUCAGUGGGACGGACCAUCUCGUUUGAAUGUUUUGCUGGCUACACUUUAAUUGGAGAGGCAGCACUUACUUGCCUGCAUGGCAUAAGUCGUAACUGGAACCACCCUAUACCGAGAUGUGAAGCUCUCUGUGGAGGUAAUAUUACUGCACUAAAUGGCACUAUCUACUCUCCUGGGUACCCUGAUGAGUACCCUAACUUUCAGGACUGCCUUUGGAUUGUUAAAGUACCUCCAGGCAAUGGAAUCUACAUCAACUUUACUGUCUUACAGACGGAACCUAUAUAUGACUUCAUUACUGUGUGGGAUGGGCCAGAGCAGACUGCUCCUCAGAUUGGACAAUUUAGUGGAAAUACAGCACUGGAGUCAGUCUACAGUACAUCAAACCAGAUCUUAAUCAAAUUCCACAGUGAUUUCACUACAGGCGGCACCUUCAUCCUCAGCUACCAUGCCUAUCAAUUACGAAUCUGCCAACCUCCACCUGCAAUGCUGACUGGGCAAAAUCUGACAGAGGAUGAGGAGUUUGAGAUAGGAGACCUCAUAAGGUUCCAUUGUUUACCAGGAUUCACUCUGAUUGGUAAGGAAAUUCUUACUUGUCGACUAGGAGAACGUUUGCAAAUGGAUGCUGUUCCUCCAUCUUGUGAAGUGCUGUGCCCAGUUAAUGAGAUGCGAACUGACUCGACAGGUGUCAUAUUGAGUCCUGGUUACCCAGACAGCUACCCUAACUUCCAGACCUGUGCUUGGAGCAUUAUUGUGGAAAAGGGUUACAACAUCACCUUAUUCUUCGAGUUUUUCCAGACUGAGAAAGAGUUUGAUGAGCUAGAGGUUUUUGAUGGUCCAAACAGCCAUAGCCCGUUGCUGAACUCCUUCAGUGGAGACUAUUCUUCACCUUUCAAUAUCACUAGCAACAGCCACCAACUUUUCCUUCGCUGGUCAGCUGAUCACGGUACUAACAAAAAAGGCUUUCGCAUCCGAUAUGUUGCCUAUUACUGCAGCACUCCAGAAUCUCCUCCCCAUGGUCUAAUACUCAGGCAAACAGGAGGACAGCUCAACAGUGUUGUUCGCUGGGCAUGUGAGCGAGGCUACAGACUUAUUGGAAAUAACACUGCUAUGUGCAGGAAAUCACCAUAUGGAUUUUACACUUGGAAUGUACCUGUCCCAGCCUGUCAAGCAAUAUCUUGUGGUGUGCCAAAAGCAUCAGUGAAUGGAGGAGUGUUUGCAACUGAUUACUCAGUAAACACGCGUGUUAGCUACUUUUGCAACGAUGGCUAUCGACUUUCAUCAAAGGAGCAGUCCACUGCCAUGUGCCAACAGGAAGGUGUGUGGAGCAAUCAGAAUCGUCCACCACGUUGUUUGGUGAUGACAUGCCCCAGCAUCAGUUCUUUCACUUUGGAGCACGGGAGUUGGCGAGUGGUGAAUGGUUCACAUUAUGAGUUUAGAACAAAAGUUGUCUUCACCUGUGAUCCUGGCUACUAUCGACUUGGACCAACUACCAUCAAAUGUUUGGCUAAUGGAACUUGGAGCUGGGGGAGAGAAAGACCACACUGUCAAAUUAUUUCUUGUGGAGAACUAGGACAUCCUCCUAAUGGGAAAAAGAUUGGAACUCAAACUACCUUUGGAGCGACAGCCAUCUUGACCUGUGAUGCAGGCUACAUAUUAGUUGGCUCAACUGUCAGAGAAUGCCUGGCAUCUGGGCUUUGGAGUGGAACUGAAACUAGAUGCCUAGCUGGACACUGUGGAGUUCCAGAUCCAAUAGUGAAUGGUCAAGUGGUUGGAGAGAAUUAUGGUUACAGAGAUACAGUGGUUUACCAAUGUAAUCCUGGGUUUCGUCUAAUUGGUUCAUCUGUAAGGAUAUGUCAACAGGAUCACAACUGGUCUGGCCAACUGCCAAUCUGUGUGCCAAUCAGCUGUGGUCAUCCUGGAAAUCCAAUUUACGGGAAAACCUCUGGAAGUGGUUUCAAUCUCAACGAUGUUGUAACAUUUUCUUGCAACGCUGGAUACAUGAUGGAUGGGACAGCUAGGGCCCAGUGUCAGGCAAACAGACAAUGGAGCCAAUCUGUACCAACAUGCAGAGUGGUAAACUGCUCUGAUCCUGGAAUUCCUGCAAAUUCCAUCCGGGAAAGUAAGAACGAAUAUGGAAACUUCACCUUUGGUUCAAUGGUAUUCUAUGACUGCAACCCUGGAUAUUUUUUGUUUGGAUCUUCUGUUCUUUCUUGCCAGUCUAAUGGGUACUGGGAUAAGCCGCUGCCUGAAUGCACAUUGGUUGACUGUGGCCAUCCUGGCAUUCCUCCAAAUGCAAUUUUGUCUGGUGAUAAAUACACAUUUGGAGCAACUAUUCACUAUUCCUGUGUUGGCAAACAGCUGCUUAUUGGCCCAUCAAUGCGUACCUGCCAGAUGAAUGGACACUGGAGUGACUCCAUGCCUCACUGUUCUGGAGAUACAGUUGGAAUGUGUGGGGACCCUGGUUCUCCAGCACAUGGUUUGAGAGAAAAGAGUGAAUUCUGGAUUAAGGGCAUCGUGCGCUUUUCUUGUCUGACAGGGUAUAGUUUGCAUGGUUCCGCUGAUAGGAUUUGUCUUCCCAAUGGCACCUGGUCAGGGAAGCAGCCCGAGUGUAAGGCUGUUAAUUGUGGCAACCCUGGGACACCGGCUAAUGGUAAAGUGUUUCGCAUUGAUGGAACAUCAUAUUCCAACUCAGUAACAUAUUCGUGUCUGGAAGGAUACUUACUCUCUGGUUCAGCUACAAGACAGUGUACAGUAAAUGGGACAUGGUCAGGCAAUGUACCCAAUUGUACAAUAAUCACCUGUGGAGAUCCUGGGAUAUCGGCAAAUGGGAUAAGACUAGGGGAUGAUUUUGCAGUAGGGAAAAAUGUCACGCAUAUGUGCCAGCCAGGGUAUACAAUGGGCUCUGAGGCUUCCAGGGUCCGUUCCUGCAACAGCAAUGGCACAUGGAGUGGCUCAACGCCAUUAUGUAGAGCCGUGGUAUGUUUAGCACCACCACAAAUUUCAAAUGGGAAAAUGGAAGGAACAAACUUUGACUGGGGAUCAAGCAUCAGCUAUAGCUGUUCUCCGGGAUAUGAGUUGUCCUUUCCCGCAAUUCUCAGCUGCGUGGGAAAUGGAACAUGGAUGGGAGAAGUGCCUCAGUGUUUGCCAAAAUUUUGUGGAGACCCUGGGGUGCCAGCACAAGGCAGAAGAGAAGGAAAGAGCUUCAUCUACCAAUCAGAGGUUUCAUUUAGCUGCAAUUCCCCUUUGAUCCUGGUGGGUUCAAGCACCAGAAUUUGCCAGGCUGAUGGGGCUUGGAGUGGCUCGCAACCUCGCUGCAUAGAGCCUUCACAUACGGCAUGUGAAAACCCAGGAACACCAUUGCAUGGAACACAAAAUAAUACAUUUGGUUAUAUGGUGGGAAGCGUAGUGCAGUUUCAUUGCAAGAAGGGGCAUUUACUGCAAGGAUCCACCACUCGGAUUUGCCUUCCUGACCUCACCUGGAGUGGAAUUCAACCAGAAUGCAUACCGCACAACUGCAAGCAACCGGAGACACCUGCACAUACCAAUGUAGUUGGGAUGGAUCUUCCUUCACUGGGUUAUGUAUUACUGUACACCUGCCAACCUGGAUUCUUCUUAGCUGGAGGAUCAGAACACAGAGCAUGCAGGUCUGAUGGAACAUGGACAGGAAAAUCACCCAUCUGUCAUGCUGGUUCAAAGAGAUCAGAGAAGAGCAACAGACCUUCAAUUGGAACCCCAAGCCCUAAACUAAAUGUUCCAGAUGAUGUUUUUGCCCCAUAUUAUAUUUGGAAGGGGUCUUAUAAUUACAAAGGAAAGAAGCAGCCCAUGACAUUGACCGUGACUAGUUAUAACACUUCAACAAGCAGAGUAAAUGCCACUCUCACAAACAGUGAUAUGGAGUUACAGCUUUCAGGUAUUUACAAAAGCCAGGAAGCACGUCUAAUGCUUCUAAUGUACCAUGUGAAAGCACCUGCCCAAGCUUCUAUAGGCAAGAUCAAAGAUGAAUGGGCUAUGGAUGGUUAUGUUUCUGCUGAGCCUGAUGGUGCGACAUACGUCUUUCAAGGAUUUAUACAGGGUGAAGAUUAUGGACAAUUUGGAGUACAGAGACUAGGUCUGAACUCAACUCACGGCUCAAAUUCUCCCAAUCCACCACACGGUACUAACAGUAGCUCUGUGGCCAUCGCCAUCCUUGUGCCUUUUUUUGCUCUUAUAUUUGCAGGAUUUGGGUUUUACCUUUAUAAACAAAGGACUGCACCCAAGACACAGUAUACUGGCUGCUCUGUACAUGAAAACAAUAAUGGUCAAGCAGCUUUUGAAAACCCAAUGUAUGACACAAAUGCAAAGUCAGCAGAAGGCAAGGCAGUUCGAUUUGACCCCAAUCUCAACACAGUCUGUACAAUGGUAUAA